GCAGCAGCAUGGCCACAGCGGCGUCCAGCCCCUACACCCUGCUCAGCUCCAGCCCCAUGCUGCACGCGGACAGCCAGGCCAUGCAGCCAGCGAGCCCCUACAGAAGCCACCACAAACUGCUGCAGAGCGACUACGGGCACGCGCUGGGUCACCAGUGGGAGGGCAGCCCCUGGUCCGGCUCCAUGGAGCAGCAGGACGUGAAGCCGGGCAUCAUCCACCACCACUCCCCCCAUCACAACAACCACAACAACCACCCGGGCGCGUGGGGCAGCCCCGUGUCCCAUAGCAACAUGUCCUACUCCCAGACGGGCUUCUCCGUGAACGGCAUUAUGGAGCCCGGUGCCACCCAGAGCCAAGGCAUGCACGCGGGCCUCAGGGACACCCUCAGCCCGGAGCACGGGGACCUGGGCCCGCACCACUGCCACGACCACUCGGACGAGGAGACGCCCACCUCGGACGAGUUGGAGCACUUUGCCAAACAGUUCAAGCAGCGUCGGAUCAAACUGGGCUUCACGCAGGCGGACGUGGGGCUCGCGCUCGGGACACUGUACGGUAAUGUGUUUUCUCAAACCACCAUCUGCAGGUUCGAGGCGCUGCAACUGAGCUUUAAAAACAUGUGCAAACUCAAGCCGCUGCUCAAUAAGUGGCUGGAGGAGGCCGACUCCUCCACGGGCAGCGCCAGCAGCAUAGACAAGAUCGCAGCUCAGGGUCGGAAGAGGAAGAAACGCACGUCCAUAGAGGUGAGCGUCAAGGGGGUCCUGGAGACGCACUUCCUCAAGUGCCCCAAACCGUCCGCGCACGAGAUCACGUCGCUCGCGGACUCGCUGCAGCUUGAGAAGGAGGUGGUGCGCGUGUGGUUCUGUAACCGGCGGCAGAAGGAGAAGCGCAUGACGCCGCCGGGAGAACCGCCACCGCCGCACGAGGGACCUUACUCUCACGGCGACGCCUCGUGCCACGACCUCUGACCCCUGGAGGGAGCGGACCGUGGGGCGCGCGCCCCUGACAGACUCAGACAAUAACAGACACCUGUCCGGCCUUCGUCAUUCCCAGCGCCGUGAGGGCAUUACUGCAUCAGCACCAUCUUUGGAGCCACUCUUUUUACCCACGAGAAUCAAGGAUAUAAAUACUACAAAUGUGCCUAUAACCUGCCAGCGCCUUGGUUUGAUUCACCAUCAGCUCAGAAUAACGUCAGCAUCAGCUGGGACUGCUGUUUUGUUUUGGGGUUGCGUCUCAGUUUUACGCGUUUGUUUGUGCGCUCAGCGGAGUGAGACCAAUAACCACAAAUAACAGUGGCUCUGUCACUUUUGUUAAUUGAUUUGCUGUGGACACCAGAGGCCGUUUUCUCACCUCACGCUUCCCUCGGGCUCAAACCCACUGCUUUAGUUCUCUGCAUAUUUACACUCAUUAUUUUGUAACGCAAUAUGUAAUUAUUUUCUCCAAUAGGCCCUGAGUCAUUUUUACGCGUAGAGGAACCAUAGCACUUAUGGAGCUGGUUUAAUUGAACCGCUCUCCUUUGGCCUGUAGCUUCACAUCUGUUAUAUUUGUGUUUUCAGUCAUCUUCGACCAUAAACUGUGUGGACUCUGAGCAGAGCGACGCUAUACACCUGCCUAUAAUUUUAUUGUACGUUCACUAUCGAAAAACAAAUUUUAUAAUCUUCCUGUUUAUCGGUUUAUUUCUUAAGUAUUUUUUCGAAUAUUGUACAGUUUUAUAUAUUACUCUUUUGAAGUCAUUAAUUUAAACAGAAAUGCUCUUAGUUAUCCACGCACUUAAUUAGCAGCGUACAAAACAAACACAAUAUUUUCAGUAAGAAAGCUGAACUGUUUGGGCGAGGUUUGGUCCAAAUUUCGA